AAUAGUACCACACACACACAUACACACACACAAUCAAAAAUCUUCAGUAUACUAAGCCAAACUAUCAUUCAAAGAGUGGUAUUAUUUGGUUUUUCAUUCUUGGUUUCGCUCCCUCAUGGCUCUUGCUUGGAAUUUAGCCAUUGCUUUAGUACUUCUUGCCCUGCAACAAUCUUGUUUUUGUGUGGCCUCUACGUCAAGCAAUGUUCAUAUUGUGUAUAUGGGUGACAGAAUCCACCAGAGUGAGCAACACCUAGUUGAAGACUCCCACCUUGACAUACUUUCACAUAUUCUUGGAAGCAAAAGCGCGGCUAAGAAGUCCAUCCUGUAUAGCUAUAAGCAUGGUUUUUCUGGAUUUGCAGCAGUUUUACGUCAGUCUCAAGCUAAGCUUCUUGCAGAUUUCCCAGGAGUUGUCCGUGUGAUUCCAAACAGAAUUCUUAGUCUUCACACAACAAGAAGUUGGGAUUUCUUGAACGUCAAGCAGGAUAUAGUGACUGGUGUUCUUUCUAGGGGUCAAUCUGGAAAAGGCACCAUCAUUGGCAUCCUGGACACUGGUAUUUGGCCCGAGUCUGAGAGCUUUAGAGAAGACCACAUGGAUAAUCCUCCUCCUCGUUGGCGCGGUAUAUGCCAAGUAGGAGAUAACUUUGACCGCUCCCACUGUAAUAGGAAAAUUAUCGGUGCACGCUGGUAUAUCAAAGGGUAUGAAGCUGAAUUUGGUAAACUAAAUUCAAGUGAUGGGGUAGAGUACUUAUCUCCCCGAGACGCAUCAGGACAUGGAACUCACACGGCAUCAACUGCAGCUGGUGCUCUAGUAGAAAAUGCAAGCUUCAUGGGACUAGCUAAAGGAUCAGCAAGAGGUGGUGCUCCAUCAGCUUGGUUAGCUAUCUACAAAAUUUGUUGGUCUACUGGGGGCUGCAGUUCUGCUGACCUUCUUGCAGCAUUUGAUGAUGCAAUAUUUGAUGGAGUAGACAUUAUUUCAGCAUCUCUUGGCUCAUAUCCUCCACUUCCUACUUAUGUUGAGGAUGUUCUUGCCAUUGGUUCCUUCCAUGCUGUAGCUAAAGGAAUCUCUGUAGUAUGCUCUGGUGGCAAUUCUGGCCCAUAUACUCAAACUGUUAUAAAUACUGCCCCAUGGGUUAUUACCGUUGCUGCCAGCACCAUCGACAGGGAAUUUCCAUCUAGAUUUAUCUUGGGAAACAAUCAAACUCUACAGGGUCAGAGUUUAUAUACGGGGAAAGAUUUGAGCAAGUUUUAUCCUAUAGUGUACGGAGAAGACAUAGCAGCUUCGGAUGCAGAUGAAGAAAGUGCAAGAAGCUGCAAUUCUGGAAGCCUCAAUGCCACCUUAGCUAAAGGAAAAGCAAUUCUGUGUUUCCAGUCUCCGUCACAGAGGUCAGCCACUGUUGCUAUAAACACUGUAACGGAAGUUGAGGGUGUUGGUCUCAUAUUUGCUCAGUUUCCCACUAAGGAUGUUACUAUAUCGGGGAGUAAGCCCUCUGCCCAAGUUGACUUCAUAACUGGAACUACAAUUCUAUCAUAUAUGGAAGCAACUAGGAAUCCUGUAAUCAAGUUUAGCAAGACCAAAACAGUUGUUGGGCAACAGAUAUCCCCGGAAGUGGCAUUCUUCUCUUCCCGAGGACCAAGUUCUCUUUCUCCUUCAGUGUUGAAGCCUGACAUUGCUGCUCCUGGAGUUGAUAUUCUGGCGGCAUGGUCACCUGCUUCUUCUGCCCGGGUGCUAUCUGAUGCAAAUCAAGAUGAGUUACCUCCUCUUAACUUCAACAUUGAAUCAGGAACUUCCAUGGCAUGCCCCCACAUAACAGGUAUUUUGGCACUUAUAAAGACUAUCCAUCCAACUUGGAGCCCUGCUGCAAUCAAGUCUGCACUUAUCACAACAGCUUCUGUGAAAAAUGAAUACAAUCAAUAUAUUGGAGCUGAGGGAGCACCACAUAAACAAGCUGACCCAUUUGACUAUGGUGGUGGUCAUGUUGAUCCUAACAAAGUGACAGAUCCUGGUCUUGUAUAUGACUUGGAAACCUCAGAUUACUUUCUUUUCUUAUGUUCUAUGGGCUACAAUGACACUGCCAUAAGUUUAUUAACAGGGUAUCCUACCAAGUGCCGUAAAUCACACAAGUUCCUGUUGAAUAUGAACCUGCCUUCUAUAACUGUUCCCGAGCUUAAGCAAACCUUGACGGUAUCAAGAACAGUCACUAAUGUUGGCCCAAUUAAAUCGGUCUACAUUGCUCGUGUUGUAGCUCCAAUUGGCAUAUCAGUAACAGUUGAGCCAUCAAUCUUAACGUUUAGUUCUAAACGAAAGAAAAUGAAAUUCAAGGUAACGUUUUCUUCGAAGCUACGAGUUCAAAGCAGAUUCUCAUUUGGGUACUUGUUCUGGGAAGAUGGGUUACAUCAAGUGAGGAUACCAUUGGCUGUCCGAUCUAUAGUAGAAGAACUUUAUGCAGAAACAUAAUACCAUAAUUAUUACCUUUGUAACGUAAUGGUAAGAAACAUAUACUCAU